ACGUUGUCACUUCUUAAUAACACCGUUUUCGUGAAGCUUAACCAAAGCAUGGAAUGCUUUACUGACUUCCAACAGAUACAUGGAUACCAGAAUAGAGAUAUGAGCGCUCGCAGCUACAGCACUGCGCAGUGUUGGCCGUGGUUCUCGUCUGCUCCGCCCGGGGGAACAUCACAAACAUCACGCUAUAUAUAUGCCAGCCCAGUGUGUGGACCGAGAGCAUGUAGAUACUAGUUCCAUGCUUUGUGUACAGGUGUCCAUAGGCUGGAUGGCGCGUUGAGCGCGAAUUCCAAAGUUUCCACCGGUUCGGGCAGCCUUCAUGGGGUAUAUCAGGUUGUGCUGUAUACCACCUACUAUCCUACCUGCUCAUCCUUUUACAUGCGCCUCUCUUCCGAACCCCCUCGCCCCUGCAGCUUGGCUAUCCCCCAAUCUCGCUCCUCAAUAUGAGGUGGCAAAAGGCAUCUUUUCGGCAGUCCUCGGAGCGUGGAUAUGGGAUGUCCUACUGGCCGUAGGUGACGAUGUGCGGAUGUUCAAGAUGAAAGCGAUCACAUUACCCAAUGUCAUCUACGUAUGUUCUCGCCUUUUAUCUGGUGGUUUCGUCUUGGGUUCUCUCAUAUACGAAGUGACUCCCCACGAAGACUGUGCAUUAGCCUUCAGGAUCUUUGCCUGGCUUGGAUCUCUCGCUAUACCCUGCAACUGCUUUCUGUUCUUCCUCCGAGUGAGGGGUGUAUUUCUUCAUGAUCGUUGGAUCGUUGCCGGAUUUUUUGUCCUCUGGCUCUCGACGCUCGGCUCCUUUGCCGAGCCAUUCGGAUUCCAAUCAGGUCAUAUCGGCCCAACACAAUACUGCCUCAUUGCCGGUGUACACAAAUCCAGUUCGACUGGUUUCAUCACCCUCGCAAUAUUUGAUACUUCAGUGUUCGUGGGCAUAUCUCUCCGGGUGAUCUCGUACAGUAUUGAGGAUACGUGGCGGGGACGCUUGAAAAUGUUUCUCAGAGGGAAGAGUAUGGGAAAUGUCUCUAGAGCCCUGCUGCAAACCGGACAAAUGUAUUACUUAGUUACUGUAUGGGUGAAUCUCACGACAACGAUAAUCCUCCUAACAUCCUUGAUUUCUCCAACAUCCCAAGCAAUGUUGACCAUACCCAAUCUCGCCUUACAAAAUGCAAUGGCCUGCAGGGUAUUCCGGCUCUUGAAGCUUGGUUACAUCCGUGAAGAUGGAUCCACUUCCCCUACGCAACCAAAUGUCAGAACUCUCACUUUUCGCCCACCCCGAGUCCCUAACACGACAUUUGCAUCUACGCAAGAAAGUACUUUGGGACCGAUCGGAGAGGAAACUGAGGACGUAGGGUUGGCUGUGUUAGGCACGAAGCAUCACUCCGUUGAAAUGCCGUCGCAUCCACAUAUUCAAAUCUCGAUCGUCCGAGAGUCAGAUACGACUGUAGACACUGAGAAGGAAAAGAACACCGUUAAUAUGGUGUAGUCAACUAAUUAGCUGGAUCCCCGACUAGUCCACUGCGACUCCUUGCUAGCCACCCAGGUUUUGCAACCUAGUCGUUAUCCUCAGGAGAAUAAUCUAGCAUUUGUACGUCGCAGUUAAGCCACAUGUCAUAGAAUUUCACAUUGGCAGCAUGAAGGACAUUCAACAAUUAAACAAUACGACGUCUGUACUCGGCUCAAUACAGAACUGUAUUAUUAGCC